UAACCUUCCGGCUUUUUGUGUUAACAAGGCUUUUCCCCCUUUCAAAAAACCCUACAAUUUUGAAUCCACCUUCUUCUCUGCUUCACAAAUUUCCUCUCAAUUUCUUCAUCUAUAUUUUUAAUGGGUAAAAGGGUAGCUACAGUUGGACUCAUACAGGAAGAAUCAAGUCCAGUAAAAAAGUAUGCAACUUUUGAUUUUACUGUUGAGAAGAAAGAGGAUGAAAUUACUACCUCAGAAGAUUUCUCUUCUGACGAAGAAGAGUUGAAGGAACAACCAGAAAUAGUUUCGAAGAGCGUUUCUGUUGGAGCCACAGACAGAAGUUCGGAUUCUUCUGAUAGUGAUUCUGAGGAGGAGGAGUUGAAGGAACCAGAAGUAGUUUCAAAGAACAUUUCUGUUGGAGCGACAGACAGAAGUUCGGGUUCUUCCGAUAGCGAUUCUGAGGAGGAGGAAAAAGAGAUGAAAGUAGUCAUUACAACCAAAUUGCCAGAAACUGCAUCUAUAAAUGGGUCUGGAGAUGUUCUGGAGAAGGAACUUGGAUCUAGCGAGAGUUCUGGUUCUGAACACAGCUGUUCUGAUGAGAACAAUGAAAUUGUAGACCUCAAGAAAGACCAAGGUGAUGACAUAUCCGAUGAAAGAGAUGAAGAAGAACAACAGAGAAAAAAGCUGAAGGUCACAGUGGACAAUGACGAGGAGAUGGUAGAUGCCCAAUUACCAAAGACUAAUAGCAAUGCGGCCAUUGAAAGUAAAGCUCCUGAAACCCCAACUACAACACAAAUUCUAAAGACCGGAUCAAAAGAACUAUUUGUGGGCAACCUAUCUUUUUCACUCGAGCAGGAAGACCUUGAGGAGUUCUUCAAAGAUGCUGGUCAAAUUGUUAAUGUUCAGUUUGCUACACAUGGAGAUGGACGUUUCAAAGGGCAUGCUAUUGUUGAGUUUGCAACAGAAGAAUCAGUGCAGAAGGCUCUUGAAAGGAAUGGUCAAAAUCUGAUGGGUAAAUUGGUAAAACUUUCUCUGCCCGGUAAGACUGGUGGUGCUGGCAGUAGUUGGAAAAGUGAUGUAGAUGCCGAAUCACCAAAGACUAAUAGCAAGCCAAAAACCCCUACAUCACCUCAAAAUCAAAAUACGGGAUCUAAAAAACUAUUUGUUGGCAACCUAUCUUUCUCUCUUGAGCAGAAAGACCUGAAGGAGUUCUUCAAAGAUGCUGGUGAAAUAGUUAAAGUUGACUUCGCAACACUUAAAGAUGGACGUUCCAAGGGGCAUGCUAUUGUUACAUUUGCAGCAGAAGAAGCAGUGCAAAAGGCUCUUGCGAAAAAUGGUCAGCAUCUGAUGGGUAGACCAGUACAUAUUGGUGGGCAUAGAAGUCCCUCUACCCCACAAAUUGGGCAUGCAAGAGGCGGUCGGUCAGGUAGCCGUCGCAGUGUUGGCAGGAGACGUUCUUAAUUCACUGUAAGUAGUUUGGUUUUUGCAAUUCUUGUGACAUCUUGUGAUUUUCUGAUUUUGACAAAGCAAAGGUCAGAAUUUAGCUAAUUAAGUAAUUUUGGCUUAAUUGAAUUCUGAAAUUUUGUAUCAAAAAAAAAAAAUUGAGCAAAAUCAAAUAUAUUUAUAUUAUAAAAUAACCCAAAUAUCAGG